ACGGAACUGGCAUCACUUCGCGAGAGGAAUCUAUGAAGCUAUGUUGUUGUGAGCUUGUGAACAGGAUAUGAGCAACCUGCAACGGCGUUUCCGUUGUCAUUGACGAACCAUGUUUACUCUGCACAUGGCAUCUCGUGAAUGGGUCUCAUCAGCACCUGCUUGUGUAGCCAUCCAUCUCGUACCAGAGCCGACUCUGCAGAAAUGAGAUGGCUAUCUCUCUUUUACUCGUGUCAGAAGUACUUCUUUCGCCUUCACUCUUAGUCGAUGCAUGAACGCCAUCGCCAUUGAAAAAUCCUGAGCCCUCGGUUUCCGUCCUGCCUUUCGGGGAUUGGCCAUGGGUCAGGCCAAUUCGACGGCGGCAGAAUGGCCGUAUACCGACUUCGCCCUACCAGCGAAUCUCGUCGCACCCUCUUUUCCAGCCUUCGGCCAACCUCCCUCUCCCCAUCUGAAAGAUUUGGAAUCAUCCCGAACCUUGCUCUCAGGCUUGGAAAAUCUCCUAACCGAGGAGGAUUGGGUUCACGAUGCGGUCUCGAAUCUCCUCACGCAGUACGUCGAGAAGAUCUCCAGCGCCGCCGUCGUCGCCACGUCAGAUCUGACGGCUGCUGACGAGCAAGACGACGACGACGGCGACGGCGACGGCGACGGCGUCGCAGACGCAGAUAGCGGCGACGACAAUAAGGACGGCGACGAUUGUUCGUCGGAUCUUCAGCAGCAGUCCCCGCUGCCUUCCUCCUACAACGCCACGCCUCCUCACCUCCUCCAUUUCCCCACCUCCCCCUCCGCCUACUCCCCCUCCCCAAACUUUUUCGAUCCGCCGCCUUACCAGCUCCCCGAAUCUCGCUCUCCCUCGCCGUUCCUCACCGCCAGCGGCGGCGCGGGACUCCCGCCGCGAGCCCCGGCGACCCCAGCAGCGCCGGCGGCGGCGGGGGCGGCUGCGCCUCAGCGGGAUCAGGUGGUGCCGCAGGGGCCGUUAAAGCGGCUCUCCACUCGUCGGCUCGUAGCUGUUGCGGUGGAGCGGGCGGGAGAGGUGACGUCACAGGAAGCACAGGAGGUUCUAGAAGCGGCGCUCUUGCGCCUUGCUCGCGCGGAGUACGAUUGGCUGGUGGCCACCAUUCAGAUGGUCUCCGCAUCUGUAGCCGCUACAGCCGCAGCCGCAGCUGUAGCAGCUGCGGAGGCGCGACGGCGCAAGCGGCGGAAGGCGCGGGGGGAAGGGGAGCCGGAGGCCGCUGCGCUGGGGUUUGAUUUCGCGGGGUUGAGCGCUCUGGCGUUUGGGAUAGGCGCGUCUGAGCAAACCCUAGCGUACGUGGGCCCGUUGCCUCCAGUAGGGUUGGAUCCGCUACAAGUAGAAGAGGUGUUUGUAUUGGGUCUGGCUAUGUGGGUGGAGUUUUGGAAGGAGUGGGGGAAGCCGCCUGUGCAGCACGGGGCAGGCGGACCUGGGGGAGGUGUCACUGGCGGGGGAAUGGGCGGGGGCGGAAGAGGCAGCAGCGGCGGAAGCGGGUUAGAGUGCCGCGGCAGGCUAGAACUAGAGUCCCCAAUCGGGGGAGGGGGAGCCGGGGGGGGGCAUGGGGGGAUGUGGAGUCCGGUUAGGGAGGAGAAUUUCGGACGAGGAUUCGGAAAUGAAGAUGUGGUGGGGGGAAUGAGCGGAGGGGUUACUGGAGGGUUCAGAAGCGCAACGUUUGGUGGGGGGGACUAUGGGAUGGGCGGCGGGAGAGGCGGGAGAGGCGGGGAAGGCGGGGAAGGGGGCUUAAGGAGCAUCUCUCAUGCGGACAGCACAGGGAGUGGGAGGGGAGGCGGGGAGAGGGCGCUGGGGAGCCUUGGGUCGGAAAGUUUCUCAGAAAGGAGAGGGUUGACUCGCGUGGGAAGUAGGUCUAUGAGCAAGAGCCGGUCUUUAAGAGAGAGCCGCUCGAUGAAGGAACGAGGGCGCUCGUUUAGAGAACGCUCGUUAAGGGAGGGGUCUUUGAAAGGAGGGAGGUCGUUUAGAGAAGGAGGAGGAGGGGGAGGGGUGUUAGGGGAUGGGGGUGGUCCGGGAGGGAAGCUUUCGUUGGCCUCUAUUGAUUCCAUAGGGCAGAGCGACACUGUAGACGUGGGAAACUUUUUCUCAGUUGACUUGAGCGAUGGUGACAGUAACGGGGGGGGAGCAGAAGGAGAGUGUGAGAAGGAUGGAGGGAAUGAUUGGAGUGGGGUGGGGGAGAGGGAGAGGGGGAGGGGUUUGUUGGGCGGAGUGGAGGCUAUUAAAGAAGAGGAGGAAUUUGGGGAUGUGGAUUUAGGCGAGGAGGAGGACUUAUCAGGAGAUUCCUCAGGUGUCAAUGGCAACGGCAUGGACAGUCACCACGUUGGUUUUGAAACGGACAAGGAAAGCCGGCCAAAGCGAGAACGCAUGGUGACAAUAGUUGAGCCGUUGGAGAUUGAGGACCCUGCAGGUGCAGAUGAAGAGGAUGUGACCGUAAUGAACGGUUAUCACUAUAACGAGGACUACAAAAGCGACGGUACAGGUUUGGGCGGUGCUUCGGUGGUAGGCUCGGCGUUCGAAUCAGCAUUGCGGGCUGAGGCGGGGCGGCAACUACAGGACAAACUGCUUGAGGAGAUUCUCGAAGCGUCCAGUGGGCGGCAGAUCACUGUAGCUACCCCUGGGCCUAGGGCUGUGGCAGCAGGAGCAAGGGACGUUCUAGGAGCAGGAGGAGGAGGAGCAGGAGUAGGGGUGGUGACAGUAGGGGCAGUGGUGCAAGGAGGGGGACUUGUUGAGGGCAGGCAGGAGGAGAGAAGGCUGGAUGGUAUGGCAGGGGAUGGGAGGGACGUUCGGAAGAGCCGGAGCAGCGUCGGGAGGCUCGGGAGCAGCAGGUUUUCUGUCGAAUCUGCUGUUUUGAGUGGUAGUAAUAGCAGCAGCAGCACCAGUAGUAGCAGUAGUAGCAGUAGUGACGCCAGCGGUUUAUGGGGAGGUGCUCGAAGCACCAUUAGCACAGUCAGCACCAUCAGUAGUGCAAGCACCUUCAGUGUGGGUACUGGUAUCAGGGAAUCCGAUGUGAUCACAAGCAUGAUGGGUAGGAUAGGGAUAUCCUCUGAAAGCAGUGCUGCCUCGGCCGAACCUGCCGGCUUCGCUCCUGGCUCGGCAAGAGGUCCGGUGUUAGGUUCGGCGGCAACAGGGCUGGGAGGGUUGGUGAUGGCAGAAAAAGCAGUUCCGAACCCAGCACCACUCCACGUGGAUGUGGUUCGGUUAUUAGGCUUGACAGCAGCCGCGGCUAGCCAGCAGCCUGCCACCGCAGCUGUCUGUGUGCUUCGGCUGCUGGAUAGGCUUGGCAAGCAGGACUGGCAGGCUCGGUACGGCAAGAAGCUGGAGGCUCAGCACGGCAGGUCCGGCGGCCGUGGCGAGCACGGAGGCUCGGAUUCGGACGACGAAGAGAACGAUUCGGAGGAUGAGGAUGAGGAAUCUCUAAGCCCAGGGAGUGUCGCUAGUGGGUGGACGAAUGGAACGGGGGCUAGAAGUGGGCCAGGGCCCGGGUUCGGGCCUGGGGGCAGCAGAACCGGGGGGAGCCGAGCAGGGGGAAGCAGGGCAGGGGGGAGUAGAGCCGGGGGGAGGAGCGCAGGUGGGGAUGGGGCGGGUUCGACUGCAACAGGGGGGCCAGUGGCGGAGUGGGAGGAUGCGUCGGAGGCGCAGGAGUGCCGGGAGUUCGUGCUGCAGUGCCUGCUGGACAUGGUUGAUGCCGUCGCGCUCAAGUGCCAGAUCAGGCAGCGCCCCGGCGCCAGCUACGCUGCUGGCUAUGCUGGUAGCUACGCUGGUGGAUAUGGUGUUGGGUAUGCUGGUGGGUAUGGGAGUUAUGGCGGCUAUGGGGAUGCCAUGGCUGCCCCCACGCCCACGGGGCAGGUGUCGGUGAUCAAGUCGUUUGGGGGGGAUGAGGAGUUUGCAGCGCUCCUUGCCGGCUCUGCUGCGCCGGGGGGUGUACAGGGGGGCAUAGGAGGGGGGCGAGUGGGGGGCGGGGAAGCGGCUUGGAGAAUAGCCCUGCUGGGGGAAGAUCCCAGUCAGGGGAAUCUUCAGGGGAAUAUUCAGGGGAGUAGUCAUGGCGUGGGGGAAGACUUUAUGGUUGCUAGCAGCCCGUCUGGGCAGAAGAAAAAGCAUCGCAGGCAGAGGAGUUUCGUGAGCGCCUGCCCGAUUCCCAUUGUGCCUCCGCCGUCCAAAGGCCGGUUUGAUACUGCUGGUGCUGCUGUAGCAGCUGCUGGUGCUGCUGGUGCUGGUGCUGGGGGGGGUGGGGUGGAUGGGCUUGGCCCCGCUCCAUUGGUUGAGCUUGCUGAGCUGGCAGUUCUUCGCGCCAUCCUCCAAUCGUCAUCCAGCAUUGCUGGUACGUUACCCGCCCAUGUGUCUGCCUCCGCUGCGGCCAACAGCACAAGCCGCACCCCUAGUAUGGACUUUGACAGCGACCCCCUUUAUAGUCACCCCCUCUUAGCGCCCCUCCCACAAUCCGCCACCCCUCCCAAGCUUCGGCAACUAGACAGUGUUUUAGUAUCCACCACAGCAGCAGGCCCGGGUCUCUUGGUACUCCUCAUAGCUACCGAAGCGGCUCGGUUGCCGAACCUGGCCCCGGACGACCUUUGGCUGCUGGCAGACCGUUCCGAGGAGCUCAGGCUCGGUGAAGCUUCAGUUCGGAUCCGCAUCCGAGCCUGUGCUUCGACAUAUGACGAUCCCGAGGGUGUGAGGGAGACAGUUCGGAUGGCUCUCGUGCCUAAUGGUGCCGAGCCUGUUCCAAACCGGAUUGUCAGGCUUUUAGCAGGUGCUAGGUUCGCGUUGCUGCGAGCCCAGACUGGUUCGGCAAGGCGGGAAUUUGCUUCGGUUUUUGGUUCGGCACUGCUGGAGCCGAUCCUAGGGAAGGAAUGGGCGAGGGAGAGGGAGAGGGAGAGGGAGCGGGAGGGAGUGUGGGGGUUGAGUAGUGUCGGGAGUGGUAGUGCGAGGAGAAGGGAGCGAGAGAGGGAGAGGAGGAGGAGGUGGAGGAAACUAGGGAAGCGGAUUUUGGAGUAUCCAUGGGCUUACGAGCUGGCUAAUGGGUUUCUAGAGCUGAGCUCGUUGUUCAAAUUGCCUGGAGAUGAUGAUGAGAAGGAGGAGGAGAGAGAGGAGGAGGAGGACGAGGAGGAUGAGGAAGGGGGGGAGGGUAGGUGGGGGAUUGGGGAGGACGAGCUGCAAGAGACGAAGCUACUGUGUGCAAAAGUGAUCAUGCGUGUGUCAAUAGAGCCACUGCUGAUGCAUGGGGUGGAUGGUGAGGAGAGUGGGGAGAGCGAGGAGAGCGAGGAGGAGGGAGGGAGGGAUUGUGGUAGCCAGAUUGCAAGGGAUAAGUGUGAGAGCAUCCAAGAAGAGGCCGAGGAGGAGGAGGAUGUGGGGAAGAGGGGUCAAGGCUCGGGGCCAGGCACAGGGGGAGAGCGCAGAACGGGGAGCACCACAGGAGAAAGCAAAGGGGCAGACAGCAGAGGCGUAGUCAGCGGAGGGGCAAACAGCAGCCGAUCGCUGAGCGCUAAGGCACGGCACCGGCUGUCAGUGGUGGUUCCAGAGGCCCCUGUGAAAGCCUGGGAGAGCGACGAAGUGAUCAAGGUGGGGGGGAUGGGGGCGCGCAGCGGGGCGAGUGAGGCGGAGAGGGAGGAGGAGGAGCGGAGGGAGAGGCGGGCAGCGAGGAGGCGGGAGCAGGCGGCGAGGAAGGAGGAGGCGGUGGCGCGGUGGGCGCGGGAGGUGGAGUACCCCGAGGUGGAGGUGGGGUGGGCGCAGUGGAAGGCGAUAGGGUGCCUGCUGGGGGAGGAAAGGAGGGAGCACCGUGCGCUUGUGCCCAUGUGGGGGAAAGCAGUCCGGGGGAGCUUCAAGGCCGUUCUCCAAGAUGCCGUUCCGCCGGACCCCUUGAUGCUGGAGCUCUUUGACUGGGGCCUGGAGGGCCUCCUCAUCUCCUUCGCUUCGGCCUCUGACCCCCGCCAGCACCUCCCCCGCCACCGCCGCUCCUCCUCCUCCUCCUCCUCCAAAUCCCAGGGUCAGUCUCAGUCCGGCUCCCACUCUCGCUCCUCCUCCUCCUCCACCCUCUCCCCUGUCCAAUCUCCCUCUCUAUCUUCGGAUCCUCCCACUAGCUCUUCUACCAACUCUCAGCUAAGUGCCAGCAAAAACGCCACCUCUAAGCCUGUAACCGCCAAAAGGCCUCCUAUUCCUUCUUCCCCUGCCUCCGCCUCCUCCCCGUCCUCCUCCUCUUCGCCCCGCACCCCCUCUCACAAACCCGCCAUCCCCCCUCCUCGGCUUUUCCCCCAAGCCUCUGCCGCCGCCUCCCGGGCCCGCAUGCUCAUCGGCUGUAGCGCAUGGAUCGACCAGGUUGUAGCGGUGGUCUGCCCAAAAGAAAAAGAAGUGGCGGAACUCCUCAUGGCUGUAGCAACAAGAAUGGCGGCGCGGGUGUUCUACCGGUGGCCGCGGCACACGGACAACGUGCGGUUCAUCGCGCGCCUGCUGCUGUAUGUGCACCGGCAGGGGGUCGGCGGCAUGGGCGAGGAGCUGAGGGAGCGCGCGGUGAGGAUCAGCCGGCAGCUGUGGGGGUGGAGUUUGCCCAGCUUCGCUUCGAUCCGCAUGCAGUGCGAGACUGACGAGGAGGCACAUGAGAUCAUGCUGAGUGCCAUCGUUGCCACGUGGAAAGGGUUUGCCACGUAGGACUAGCCGUAAGGAGCUUUCGACAGGGGGUCGGGAAGGGACACAUGGUGGUGGCAAGUAAAAAGUAGAAAUUCCCCAGUGUUUUGGGGUUACAUACCUUCCACGUACUCCUCUCUCGGCCAUGUGUUCUUGGCUCUCGCUUGUACCCAUAUACCGUACUAGUAAUACAUCUCGAUUUGAGUGCAAUCCCCAAUCAAGCCUUUAUUCCCCU